GAGUAGUGUGUUGGAUUCGUGUGGCUGGAUUGCUCCUGUUUCUGUGGGCCACACGGGGAAAGGUAAAUAAAGAUAGAACGGUCACCAAAGGAACAUUUACACGUCAGGUACCGACAACCAGUGGGCCGUUAACCUUAGCAGUAUUCUUAGUAACCGCUGGACUCUGUCGUUUUUUGUCUCUAAAUAAAACGGCAUUAUUUUCCGGAUAAAAGGGGAAAGAGAGGAGAGGUCACCACAUCGCCUGUUCAGAUAUCUCGAGGUGUCAGUCUCCAGAUCCAGCCUGACUGUGUUGCCAUGGCUAUGCAGGAGUUAGUGGAAGGGGAAUGUGGGGGAGCCAAUCCCCUCAUGAAACUGACUGGUCACUUAACCCAAGAGGGAGGGGCUUGGAGACACCGAUCAACACCCACUAUUCCUCCUACUCCAAUUGAAAUAGCCUCUGAAGAGGAGCUGGUGAGUGAGUUUCUGCAGGGCCCACAACGACCUCCCCACAGCUUUGAUAUGGGGCAACUGCUUGAGGAAAUGCAGCAGAUAGAUCAACAGAACUACAGACAGGCUCCUCAGAGAGCUCCUGACGUUGCUGCUCUGGCAUUGUCGGGCGAUUGGGCAGCAGAAUUUCUGUCUGGUGCCGACUCCGCCUCUUCUACUGGGCAAGCUGGCUUAGAUCUGGCUGAUGCUGAUUGGACCAGAGAUUUCAUCAAUGAAGUGGCAGACCCUGGCCGGUGGGCAGAAGAGUACCUGGAGCAAUCAGAGGAGAAGUUGUGGCUUGGAGAUUUGGGAGAGAGAGAACAAGACAAAGAAUGGACACAAGAAUACCAGUCAGGGGAAGAACUAAAACAAACUGCAAAUGAGCUCCUUGCAAAAGUGGAUGAUCCUAAACUACAUAACACAGAGUUCCUGCGGUUCAUUAGGCAGAUUGGCGAGGGCAGUGUGACUGUGGAGGACAUAGCAGGAAAAGAGCUCACUGAUAAAGCACAGGCCAAGGAGGCACAGCACUGGGCCUCCAGCCUCAACCAGGUUUCGGCGGAAUCAGCAGAAUCCUGGGUAGAUGAGUUCACUGCUUGUGGGCCAGAUUUCCAACAGGCCAAAGUGGCAGUGGAGAGUGAUGUUGAUUUCUGGGAGAAACUCCAGCAGGAGUGGGAAGAAAUGGCAAAGAGAGAUGCUGAAGCUCACCCAUGGCUCUCUGACUUCGACCAAAUGCUCAGCAGCUCUUAUGACAAGGGAUAUCAGUUUGAAGAAGACAACCCCUUCCUGUCCCAUGACGAUCCAUUAGCUGAGGGUGUGAGGAGGAUGGAGGCAGGGGACAUUCCUGGAGCUGUACGUCUCUUUGAGAGUGCGGUUCAGAGAGAGCCAGGCAACCAGCUGGCUUGGCAAUAUCUGGGCACCUGCCAGGCGGAGAAUGAGCAAGAGUUUGCUGCUAUCAGUGCCCUCCGAAGAUGUAUUGAACUGAAAAAGGACAAUCUAACAGCCCUCAUGGCUCUAGCUGUGAGCUUCACCAAUGAGUCUCUGCACAGACAGGCCUGUGAGACACUUCGUGAUUGGUUGAGGCACAACCCUAAAUACCGGCCUAUCCUGGAGCAGCAUGAACAAGAGAAGGAGAGGGGGGAUGUGAGGGAGAAGGAGAAAGAGAGGGAGAGAUUUGGAUCCCUUCUGCCAGAGGCACUGUUUAAUGAAGUGCAGUCAUUGUUUUUGAGUGCAGCAGCCGCUGAUCCCACUCAGGUGGACCCUGAGCUGCAGUGUGGUCUGGGAGUUCUCUUCAACCUGAGUGGAGAAUAUGACAAGGCUGUGGACUGUUUCACUGCAGCUCUGUCCGUCACACCGCAGGAUUAUUUGUUGUGGAACAAGCUGGGAGCAACUCUUGCUAAUGGGAACCGAUCAGAGGAGGCGGUAGCUGCUUACAGACGAGCACUGGAGUUACAGCCUGGAUUUGUACGCAGUCGAUAUAACCUGGGCAUCAGUUGUGUCAACCUAGGUGCCCAUAGGGAGGCAGUAGAGCAUUUCUUAGAGGCCCUUUCGCUGCAGAGACAGGCCGCAGGGGACGCAGAGGGAGGUGCAGGUCGGGGACCAGGUGCAGCAGCGACUGUGAUGUCAGACAACAUCUGGUCCACCUUGCGCAUGGCAUUGAGCAUGAUGGGAGAAAGCUCGCUAUACACAGCUGCUGACCGGCGCGAUCUAGACACGCUGAUGGCACAUUUCUGCCAGAGAGAGGGAGAGACAGAAUGAAGGAUGGAGGGGAUAAUGGAGUGAAGGGAGAUAGUGUUAGUGUGGCGAGAGGGGCUAUGAAGAGCAAAACAGCAAGACUGGAGGUGUGAAUUUCAACAAAAGUUGAACGAGAUGGAGGACUAUUUGUAGAGGUGGCAAUGUGGGGAGAUUAAAGACAAAAAAAGGAGUGUGAAAAACCCAUUCAGCCCCAGCACAGCAUGAAUGGAUAGACAGACAAACUGAUAACUGUUCUUGUGAAAAAAGGUCAUGGUGAAAAGCCAAUGGUACAUCAAUUAUCACAACCAGAUGGUGGAUGUAAUUUAAUUACACUACAAUUUUACCACAGCUUUUGCUACAUGUUUACUCUUCUAGAGAAUCUGUUUUAAUUUUAUAUUUUGUUUGUUUUGAAUUUCACCGUUCUUGCCAUUGUCCUUCUAAAAUUUACAUUACAUAUACAUCUCAUAUAGGGAAAAUUAGGUCCCUGCACUGUGAGCUCAAAAAUACUUACCUUUGUUUGACACAGAGAGGAGCGCUAUUGAGAUAUAAAUGUUUUAUGCAUCAAUACUGUUCUUGUAUGAAAUGAUGGAGGUCAUUUGGAAGCCUUUAAGUUCAUAUUUUGUUUAUUUGUGAGUGAGGGAAGGGUUUUGAGACUAAAAGGCACUCUUAUCUCGAAUAUUUGCUCUGGCUGUAAAUUAGUUUGCUUAAUUGUAAAUUCUACUUGCCAUAUUGUGUAUUGCCCAAUAAUUAUUAUUGUUUUACAUAUAGCCAAUUCAACCUGAUAUCUAUGUAAUCUAAGCAA